AUGACAGAUGGCCUCUCCUCAUUGCUCACACUGAAUCUGCUCCUGGGUUUGUCUGUUGCAGAGAAGUUCUCCCUGGAUGGCUCCCCAAGCCCUGUGGUUGGAGUAGUUGGCCAGGAUGUGGUGUUACCCUGCCAGCUGUCACCCCCGGCCCGGCUGCCCAGCAUGGACGUGCUGUGGAGGAAAAUUGAAUCAGGAUUUAUCCCGGUUCAUGAGUACUCAGAUGAGGGUUCCCGGGACCUGCCGGGGGAGAGUUACCAGAACCGGACAGAGCUGUUCCCGCAGGAGUUCAGCCAUGGGAACAUUUCCCUGAAGCUAAAACAGCUCCAAGAGGCAGAUGCUGGGACUUAUCAUUGCUUUGUGAAGAACCCAGAAUGGAGUCAGGAAGCCACCACUGAGCUAGGGAUCGCAGCUGUGGCUCCAGUGUUCAUUGUGGUGCUGGGCCCCCGGGACCAGGGGAUUGGACUGGCCUGUAGAACCACAGGCUGGUUCCCCAAACCUGAACUCCAGUGGGUUGGAAAGAACGGGCAGAACUUGUCGAUGGAGAUUGUGACCAACGUGACUCAGGACAGGGAGAACUUGUAUAGUGUUGUGAGUCAUGUCACUGUCACAGAAGGAGAAGACAAUGGAGACAUCAGCUGCAUAGUGCGGAAUGGCCUGCUGGAGACUGAGCGACAAUCAGCCAUUCACCUCUCAGGUGACAUCUUCCCCCGUGUUUCUCCCUGGCUGGCUGCAUUCUGGGUAUUGUUCACUCUGGUUCUCAUUGCUGCUGGAGCUUGUGCAUAUCUUGGAUACACAGCAAAGCAAAAGGCAUCUAAGAAGAAACUCUCUAAAGAGGAGGCUCUGUUCAUUAAUGAGACUGAGAAGAAGACCUGGGAAUCAGAAUGCCAGGAGCUGCGUGAGAAGCUUGAUGUGCAGAGCAAGGCUUAUGAAUCAGAAUGCCAGGAGCUGCGUGAGAAGCUUGAUGUGCAGAGCAAGGCUUAUGAAUCAGAUUGCCAGGAGCUGCGUGAGAAGCUUGGUAAGAACAUCCACACCCAUUAG